AGGGACUCUGCCAGCACCGUCUCCCUUCGCUGGGGCCUCCUGGCUCCCUCAGGGUCCUCCCUAAAGUCAUGUCCCAAGAGGCUGAGUUGGAGACACUAAUUUGUGGGCAGGCGCCGAGGCUGAAAACCAGAGAACCAUUUUUAGCGUCUGAGUUGGGGUGAGACGGCGCGUGAAGGGGACCCUUCUGGGGGCAGCUGUCCUGCCCGUCUGGCUCAAAGGAGCGUCCCUUCAGAACCGGAGGGCUGGGGACUCUGGCUGCUCACCACCUGGGCAGGAGGAGGGUGUGAGAGCACAUUCCGGGCCACCCACUGCACCCCCAGCCUGGCUCUGGGGAAAGGAAACCUCCUCCAGCCCAGCCUGCAGGGUUCUCACCCCAGAGGUGCUGGGAGCAGGUGGGAAAGCCUGGGGCCUUCUGCUGAGGGCUAGAAUCCCAGAGCUCCUUAUGGCCUGAAAGAGGCCUUUCAUGGCUUCGGGGUUCCAGCACUUGGGAGCUCAGAGGAAGAGGAGGCUGGGCAAGGCUUUAUAGGGGCCAGCAAGAAUUUGUUGAACUAAAAGGGUGCUCAGUGCUGGCAGUGUCCUGGUGAGGGGUAGAGAGUCCCAGAUGGCAACUCUUCACGGGGCGCCUCUCCAAAUGUCCCUGUCCCCAGGUCAGGAUGUUCUCCUCCACUCUAAAAGGCACAGGCUGUGGGCACAGGUGAGGUAGUGAGAAGGGAAAAAUAAGGUCCAUCUUCCAGAAGGGCAAAUGAAAUCCUCCACAGUGCAGCAGUGACGGCAGAGGCAGUCAUGGGAAUAAAGGUACAAGCUGCUCAGACCCGGGCGCUCAGCACCUGGCAAAGCAGGACAGGCUCCGGCCCCAGCCCGACACCCAGACCAGACCCGCUUUCAGCAGUUUUAUAUCCUGGGAGUAUAUGACAUUGGUUCAUUUGAAGACAGGAUCCCGUGGCUAAAGAGUUUAGACAUGACUUCUCUGGAGCCUUUCUCUGGGCGAGCUAAAGGGAGGUUGCUUGCCUGGGUUAAAGGGCCAGGGGAUAUAGGGCCUUCCAGAGCUUGAUGGGCCAGCAUCCUUUCCCAGCAUUAAGUCUUCCUAGACUGGACAAUGAUCCUUUUCCAGAAGGACUUGGGGAAGGAGGUACAGUGUCACCUUUGGAAUUCAAGCAUCCCACCCUCCGUGCUGACAGAAGAUUUUCCCACUAGCUUGUCACAAUUCCCUCGGAGCAGGGAAGUCUGCAUUUGGGUUCAGUGAAGGAGGGGUUUUCUGAGCUGGUCUGUGUCUUCCUGGGGAUUGAGAAAGCCCCUCUCUCCCCGCUCUCUCUAGAUUCAGGGGAUGCUUCUGAGAGUGGCAGAGGGAGGGGAGAGAGUGGGAGCUGGAGAGGGCAUGGGUCCUGAGGGGAUGUGGGGAAUUUAGCCGUGGGGUCUGGAAUAUUGGAGGGAGGUGGCAGAGGACUGUGUCCCCUGCCCUGGGCUGCGGAGGUGUCUCAUCUGGAUGGUGCAUGAAGGGUCCUUACAGUUGUCCUGAGGGUGGCUGAGAGGAGGAAUCUUCUUUCUUUGCUCCCUCAGGAGAACAGCUCUGCCACAAAGGCCCCUGAAGGUGGGGUUGAGGGCUGGCUAGGAGAAGAGCCAGGGUGCGGAGGUUCUGGGGGCUCCUUUCCCUUUUCGGUGAUGUUAGGAGAUGCCCAGCCUGGCCUUGCCCCAUGUAGCCCAGUCCUUGCUGAGAACGGCGCAGAUUUGCAUCUGAUGAUAUAACCAGCAGUGCCUCUCUGUCUGGGCCACUCAAACCUUGGCUCCUUCCUAGCUCUGCCACCUACUGCGAGUCACUCACUGAACACCUCUAAGCCUCAGAUUCUUCAUGUGUACAUGAAGAGGAGGAAGCGGGUUGCUGAGAGAAUUAAAUGAGAUAAUAUGUGCCAUGAAAGUCCCCGGCACAGUGCCUAACACCCAAGGGUGACUCUGAAAUGGUGGCUAAUGUGAUCAUGCCUCCUAUGGCUGCCUGUGGAGGUGGAGGUCAGCGACUAGGCCUCUCCACACCGGAGGGGAACUGAGCCUACUGGGUGAGUAUAGAACUCAAGGGAAUGGUUUGUAGCUGGAGGAAGAGGUGUGAGCUGGGGAGGUGACUGUCAGGGCAGCUCUUGAUCAAUACUUGGCUGGUUCUGGGGACUUGGAACCCAACCAGUUGGUAAAAAUUGGAGGUUGGGGAUCAGGAUGGAGGAUGGGGACUUAGGUCCUCCUGACACAGAGUUGAGAAUGAAAAAUGUUAAAACACUUGGAUAUGCAGGAAGUAGCAGGCCAGAGAGAACUCGAAGACCCUUAGAAGGAGCCAUAGACAGAACCAUAGCAGGCAACCAGGAGCUAUGGACUCUAGAAAGUUCUUGCAUGUCUUCUUGCACAUUCCCUGACCUGGUCUCAGUAAAAAUGACUUCACAUCCACUCCCCAACCCCACAGCUGUGAGAUGUUUCUCCUUCCAGCCAAUACCUUCCAUGAGGUAGGUGCUUCUGCCUCCCUCCAUCUGGGUUCUAGGGAAGACCAGAAAGGCAUCUGUAGAGCCAACUGGUGUUCUUUGCCCCGACACCCAUGUCCAAAAACUAUUACGGCUUUUGGACUCAAUGGCAGCCCUGUUUGAUCAAGGUUGGGAAGACAGACUUCAGAUCCUCACAAUCCUUCAUAUGUCUCUUUUUUCAAGUUUCCUCCUAAACUGUAGUCUCAGCGAGGCUCAUUGACACUCACUGGGGUUUUGACAUUCUCCCUGGCUAGGGCCUGUUCCAGGAAUAGACUGAUGGGGAGAUGGGGCCCCUGGCUUUGGGACAUCCAAUCUGCUGGUGAUGAGAAGGCAUGAUGUCUGUUCUAUUCUUUUUUCUUUUUUCUUUUUUAAAGAAAAAAUGUGCCUUAAUGUGCUGCCUUCAUAGCAAGGUUUGAGGAAGGAGGCAUUUCUCACAUAUGAGUCCGAAAACCCAAUCGUGACGCUUCUGAACUGCAAAAGGAUCACCUCUUGUUCUAUUCUAUCAAUCACGUGCACACAAUGCAGAGACAGGAAUACCCAGACAGCAAAUAACCUGUGAGGCAGAUAAUCCCCAGAGUUGUCCCUGGGUAGAAGGAUCUGGGUAGUUAUCUGGGCCCCCAAGGCCGAGCAGUGUCAGUAAACAGAUGGUGCCAGGAAAGGUGCCUCACACAGCUAGUUGUAAAAGACCCGAGGCUCACACACUUGUAGUCACGCCCAAGCACCCAUUUUCAUCACCUCCUGCCACCAGGGCUGAGGGAAGGGCCACCACCCCAAGCAACCCGCACUUCUGAUUAUUUAUUGCUUUCUUGGGAAUUCACUCCCUUUAGGAUUGCCUGUGAUAACUGAUAACCACGGGACUCAUUUGAAAGGGACCUCAGCAUGAACAACCUCACAGAGCUUCAGCCUGGCCUCUUCCACCAUCUGCGCUUCUUGGAGGAGCUGCGUCUCUCUGGGAACCAUCUCUCACACAUCCCGGGAGAAGCAUUCUCUGGUCUCUACAGCCUGAAAAUCCUGAUGCUGCAGAACAACCAGCUGGGAGGAAUCCCCGCAGAGGCGCUGUGGGAGCUGCCGAGCCUGCAGUCGCUGCGCCUAGAUGCCAACCUCAUCUCCCUGGUCCCGGAGAGGAGCUUUGAGGGGCUGUCCUCCCUUCGCCACCUCUGGCUGGACGACAAUGCACUCACGGAGAUCCCUGUCAGGGCCCUCAACAACCUCCCUGCCCUGCAGGCCAUGACCCUGGCCCUCAAUCGCAUCAGCCACAUCCCUGACUACGCCUUCCAGAACCUCACCAGCCUUGUGGUGCUACAUUUGCAUAACAACCGCAUCCAGCAUCUGGGGACCCACAGCUUCGAGGGGCUGCACAAUCUGGAGACACUAGACCUGAAUUAUAACGAGCUGCAGGAGUUCCCCAUGGCCAUCCGGACCCUGGGCAGACUGCAGGAACUGGGUUUCCACAACAACAACAUCAAGGCCAUCCCAGAAAAGGCCUUCAUGGGGAACCCUCUGCUGCAGACGAUACACUUUUAUGACAACCCAAUCCAGUCUGUGGGAAGAUCGGCAUUCCAGUACCUGCCUAAACUCCACACACUAUCUCUGAAUGGUGCCACAGACAUACAGGAGUUUCCAGAUCUCAAAGGCACCACCAGCCUGGAGAUCCUGACCCUGACCCGCGCAGGCAUCCGGCUGCUCCCAUCGGGGAUGUGCCAACAGCUGCCCAGGCUCCGAGUCCUGGAACUGUCUUACAAUCAAAUUGAGGAGCUGCCCAGCCUGCACAGGUGUCAGAAGUUGGAGGAAAUCGGCCUCCAACACAACCGUAUCUGGGAAAUUGGAGCUGACACCUUCAGCCAGCUGAGCUCCCUGCAAGCCCUGGAUCUUAGCUGGAAUGCCAUCCGGUCCAUCCACCCCGAGGCCUUCUCCACCCUGCGCUCCCUGGUCAAGCUGGACCUGACAGACAACCAGCUGACCACACUGCCCCUGGCUGGACUUGGGGGCUUGAUGCAUCUGAAGCUCAAAGGGAACCUGGCUCUCUCCCAGGCCUUCUCCAAGGACAGUUUCCCAAAACUGAGGAUCCUGGAGGUGCCUUAUGCCUACCAGUGCUGUCCCUAUGGGAUGUGUGCCAGCUUCUUCAAGGCUUCUGGGCAGUGGGAGGCCAAGGACCUUCACCUUGAUGAUGAGGAGUCUUCAAAAAGGCCCCUGGGCCUCCUUGCCAGACAAGCAGAGAAUCACUAUGACCUGGACCUGGAUGAGCUCCAGCUGGAGAUGGAGGACUCAAAGCCGCACCCCAGUGUCCAGUGUAGCCCUACUCCAGGCCCCUUCAAGCCCUGUGAGCACCUCUUUGAAAGCUGGGGCAUCCGCCUGGCCGUGUGGGCCAUCGUGUUGCUCUCGGUGCUCUGCAAUGGACUGGUGCUGCUGACCGUGUUCGCCGGCGGGCCUGUCCCCCUGCCCCCGGUCAAGUUUGUGGUAGGUGCAAUUGCAGGCGCCAACACCUUGACUGGCAUCUCCUGUGGCCUUCUGGCCUCGGUCGAUGCCCUGACCUUUGGCCAGUUCUCUGAGUACGGCGCCCGCUGGGAGACGGGGCUGGGCUGCCGGGCCACGGGCUUCCUGGCGGUACUGGGGUCGGAGGCGUCGGUGCUGCUGCUCACCCUGGCCGCGGUGCAGUGCAGCGUCUCGGUCUCCUGCGUCCGGGCCUACGGGAAGUCCCCCUCCCUGGGCAGCGUCCGAGCAGGGGUCCUGGGCUGCCUGGCGCUGGCCGGGCUGGCCGCCGCGCUGCCGCUGGCCUCCGUGGGCGAAUAUGGGGCCUCCCCGCUCUGCCUGCCCUACGCACCGCCCGAGGGCCAGCCCGCAGCGCUGGGCUUCGCCGUGGCCCUGGUCAUGAUGAACUCCUUCUGCUUCCUGGUCGUGGCCGGCGCCUACAUCAAACUCUACUGUGACCUGCCGCGGGGCGAUUUCGAGGCCGUGUGGGACUGCGCCAUGGUGAGGCACGUGGCCUGGCUCAUCUUCGCAGAUGGGCUCCUCUACUGUCCCGUGGCCUUCCUCAGCUUCGCCUCCAUGCUGGGCCUCUUCCCCGUCACGCCCGAGGCCGUCAAGUCCGUCCUGCUGGUGGUGCUGCCCCUGCCUGCCUGCCUCAACCCGCUGCUCUACCUGCUCUUCAACCCGCACUUCCGCGAUGACCUUCGGAGGCUCCGGACCCGCGCAGGGGCCCCAGGGCCCCUCGCCUUCGCUGCAGCCGGGGAGCUGGAGAAGAGCUCCUGCGAUUCUACCCAGGCCCUGGUGGCCUUCUCCGACGUGGAUCUCAUUCUGGAAGCUUCUGAGGCUGGGCGGCCCCCUGGGCUGGAAACGUACGGCUUCCCCUCAGUGACCCUCAUCUCCUGUCAGCAGCCAGGGACCCCCAGGCUGGAGGGCAGCCAUUGUGUAGAGCCGGAGGGGAACCACUUUGGGAACCCCCAAUCUUCCAUGGAUGGAGAACUGCUGCUGAGGGCAGAGGGGGCCAAGCCAGCAGGGGGAGGCUUGUCAGGGGUUGGCGGCUUUCGGCCCUCUGGCUUGGCCUUUGCUUCACACGUGUAAAAUGUCCCUCCCCAUUCUUCUCUCCCCUGUCUUCCCUUUCCUCUCUCCCCCUCGGUGAAUGAUGGCUGCUUCUAAAAUAAAUACAACCAAAACUCAGCAGUGUGAUCCAUAGCAGGAUGGCCCAGUCCCUGGCUCCAUUGAUUGCCUCUCUCCUGUGACCGUCACCAUGAGUCCUCUUGGCCUGGCUUUUGCUUGGCUUUCCUCAGCUUCACCUUCAUGCCUUGUCAUGUCUGAAGCUGUGAGCCAGAGACCUGGACGUUUGUCUGCUUAAGAGAAAUGAGGGAAGUAAAGAGAGUGAAGAGGUGGGGGGUUGAUCAGGGCACAGUGGACAGGGAGACCUCACAGAGAAAGGCCUGGAAGGUGAUUUCCCAUGUGACUCAUGGAUAGGAUACAAUAUGUGUUCUGUGUGCCAUUAAUCUCGACAUAUGCCAUGCAUAAAGACUUCCUAUUAAAAUAAGCUUUGGAAGAGAUUACACAUGAUGUCCUUUUCUUAGAGAUUCACAGUGCAUGAUACUGUAAUAAAGGCCUUGAGAAGUCCUGCAGUAGUAAAAUCUAUUGAGCGUUGUAUAACCCAGUUCCCUGAAUUAUUUGGUAUAGGGUUUUGUUCGCUUGUUUUUUUUUUUGUUUUUGUUUUUUUUUUUUUUUUUUCCUGGAAUAUCUAUUAACAAGACAGAACUUAGUACUGUUCUCUCCCAGGGAGCUCAUCUCUGUACCAUCUGGUGCUACCCAGUGACAUCAAAAAAUGCCACCACUUCCUGAAAGCCCUGAUCCUAGGAUGAACUGCCAGAGGUAACUGAUGAUUUCAUCCACCAGUAGAGACUCUCAACACUUUACCUCCCACCUCUCUUAUCCUAUGCUGGGAUGGAUGAGGAGAAGCCUGCCGUUGUGUUUCCAGACCCAGACCCCUGAGUUGGGAUCUCUGUGUGUUCUCUCAUCACCCUGCCGUCAACCCCAGCAAGCCCAAGCACCAGUGAAAGUUUGUCUGCUACAAGACGGAUAGUAGGGUUCCUGGAUCCUGGCAGGGCUGUCUGAGUUCCCUCUGGCUCUUAGUUGCCUUCUUAGGUUUCUCCAUCAGAUGUCCCCUGCCACCUCCUGCCACAAGCCAGGUCCUGCCUACUCUUUGGGACAAGGAGGCCUUAGCUAGAAAAGAGAAGGGAUUUGUAUUGUAGGUAUUGAAUUUUAGAAAGCAUUGCAGGUAUCUGGCACCCUGGGUGCCUCAAAUAGGCUGCUGACUCUUCUGCCUCUCCCCUCAUGACCUUUCUACCUGUGGUUUACCAAGUAAGUGUCUGAGCAUUUCCAGAAUGCCCCCCUUAACCAGCCCCAAAUACACACAUAUUCAAUCUGAGAGUGAGGAGGUGAGAGCAGGGGCAUCCUUCCAGACAUUAAGGGUAAUUCUUGGAGACAUGAAAAGAGAAUCCAAGACUCAGAGAAGGGCAAGUCUUGCUCUAGGGUACCCUAACAUCAGUCACAUCUAGAGGAUAGGUCUAGAAUUCUGAGACCAGAUGGAAAACAAUCUUCUUCCUCAAUUCUGGUGUGGUCCUCAGCCAGGCCCUAUCCCCAGGGAGUAUUGAAACAGCGACCCCCAAGAAAGCCCUUCUUCUAAUUUUGUAUUUCAAGUUUCUGCAGCUUAGCUUCUCUGCUAUCUCCCUGCUGUCCCCAAUGCCUAGUUCUGACACAGGACAAAAGGGCUGCCUAGGCUGAGGCAGGUGGGGUAGCUUCAUGGAUGAAACUUGAUUCAUUUCUAAAUCUUAUCUGCUAGUUGCCUGGUCUCUUAUAGGCUCUAAAGCAGAAUGUGCCGACUUUGUAAUCCCAGAAGAACCUUAGGGUCCUACCAUGAGGCCAGCCUCGCUAAAUGAUGGCAGGUUUAUUAAUUAGUUGUUUAUUUGAGAACCCUGCUCUCCCAAUUUCCCCAGAGCUGAUCAAAAACUCUUAAAGGAAAGAGUUUGCUCUACUUUGGGUACUAAGAAUUGGUGACUCUUAUGAGGGAAAGGAAUUCUUUCUCUGAGAUGCCUUAGGGAUGACAAAACUUGUACAAUUUUUGGGACCCUUAGCUUGUAAAAAGUCACUCCAGAUCCCUUCUCACUCCCUGCCUCCACCAUGAGAUCAUUGUUCCCCUUGGAGUUAAGGAGUCUGUGUUGAGGUGGAGUACAGGGGCCAUGUGUUGGAGGUUUAGGAGUUACAGGAACUGCUCCCUACAGGUGGCCUCUUCUAUGAAAAGGGGACUAGUGAUUUUUGGCUGCAAGCCCUAGGGUAGCACCACUGUCACCUUAUCAUCUGCUUCUAAAGAUCCAGACAUGUGCUGGCCAGUGGAGCAUCUGCUGAACCUUCAAAUUAGAGGAGAGGUGUGGAGGAGGGGAGUGGAGGUGUUUGCCAUUAACUGUUUUGAUCAUUCAGAAAGUCUGGUUGAUAUAUGCUUACCCAAAAUAAAGUGUGGCAGU